AGUAGCAGCGUGAGCCGGUUCAGGCGUCGUAUUAUUUUCGGAAGUGAUGGAAAAUAGUAAAAUGUAUAUUUUAAUGAAAAAUAGUAAAAUAAAAAGUGUAUUUAUACAUUAUUUAUUAACAGUAGAGAUAAUACGCGAAUUGUGAUUCCCAUGAUUGCCGGGUAAAGCGUGUAAUCAUUUUUGAUUUCUUUGUCUCAAUGUAAAAUAAAAUGAACGUAAUAUUAAUAUCGGGAGUGUUAUGUAAAGUACCGUGAGAUGGUCGUGUUUUGAAAAGUAAUGUGCGCGAUCGUAAUUAAUAGUGUUUUCGCGAGUGAGAGUGAAAUCUAACCUGACACGGAAGAGAGCAACAAAGGAAUAAGAGGAAAAGGAGAGACAACAACGGAGAAAUAAUGAAAUCCAUAUCAGAUUACUACAACUACUGCCCUGCGCAUCGUAUCGGUCGAAGCGGUGAUCCAGAGACUAUGCAGAAUCAAAAGUUUACGUUAUCCAGUUCGCGCGCGAGCCUCAGGGUGAUUUCCAGAGUAGAAGUGUCAUUGUGCCACUUGGCAGAGGACGCAUUGGGAUCCACAGGAUACGGUGUAGUGAAAGGUACAGCAUUCCCAGAAUUUAAUACAUUUCUUAACAUUUUACAAGAAGAAGCUACUACAAGAGGACUAGAUGAUGAUGUUCUCAGUAAACUUACAAAUGUUAUUAUACAUACAGAUUUCAGUGCAGUUAAAUGGACAUCAUUAAUAAGAUGUUUAAUUCCAAGAUAUAAAUUGCCUGAGAACAUAGCAAAGUCUAUUAUUACUUGGUGUUUAUCAUUGUUGGAUGAGAUACCACUCACUGUCUGUAUCAUUGUUAUACAAUGGGUCUUAGGUUUAUGGGAAUAUGAAUUAGUAGAUAGAAAAAUAAUUAAUAUGUAUUACGAUGUCUUCUUUUACACGAUGUUGCAAAAGAAAAAAUUGGAACGUCAUAUAGCACGUCUCAUUUAUGUGUUAACAAGACCAGAGGAUGUUACUCGCAGAGAUGUUUUAAGACUAUUAGUCCUUCAAAAAAAAUAUUCUAAGCCUCCAAAACAUAUUAUUGCAUUACUUUCCCUAUUUAAGUCAUAUAAGCCAGAAUUAGUGCCUGAAAAGAUACAAUCAGUAAAUAUAGAAAGUGUGUGGAAACCUAUAUCUGAAUUUAUACGAUUAGCAUUAGAAGAUGCUAGAGAUCGAAUGGAGAUCCAGCAAUCUCGCCAAAGCACACAAACUUAUUUUAAUUGGAAUGUGAUGCAGAAUGUGAAAGUUCAAAAAAAGAAAAAGCCGCUGUUACCCUCUGUUGGUUAUUUUCACAUUGGUUCAAGUAUUUUUAAAGAUAAGGAGGCGAAAUCUAUUUUUGAUAUAGGCAGCAUAGAUGAAUUGGGAAAAUAUCAUCAAAAUGUUGAAUUGCCCUGUAAUGCUGUAUCACUAUUAGCAAAUAUGGCUGGUUAUCAUCUUCUUACAUACUCAGAUUUUCAGUAUCAAAGUAGAUUUUCGUACAAUUUGUAUAAUACACUCAUAAGAGCAUUUAUAUUAGAAAAUGGCAAAUUUUCCAAGGAAGAAAUGGAUAAAUUUCUUUCAAUGACAAUAGAAUUUUCUCGAUAUAUGCAGCAAGAGAUACUUGUAAUUAAAUUAUUCUUUGAUGAAUAUUUAUAUUAUAAUACAGGAGAGCAUCUGUCACAAUUACUUAAUUUGUUACAAUGGAUGACUUCUAUAUCAGUGACUGAUUUACGGGAAAACAUUUUGAUACAUAUACAUAAUAUAUUUUAUGAAUCAAGUUUAUCUAUGAAAUGUGAAAUAAUUAAAAGCUUGCAAAAACUAAUUACAAACUUGUUUGUUAAACAAGGACUUGAAGAACAAUAUCAGAAUGCAUCAUACUUUUUACGACAAGGUCCACUGGAAGAUUUAGCAGAAAUUGUAUCUGUACUUACAACAGUAUCGGAAAAUCUUAUUGUUUAUGGAUUAAAUAUACACAAUUUUAAUAUUAUAUUUUUAUCAAAAGCUUUGACAUUUUAUGAAGAGAUUUGUACGUUGGAAAGCCAUAGUCAUGUAGAAACAUGGACAUUGCCACCACGAGCAGUUAUAUAUGGAGCAUUUAUUUCAAAAAGUUGUGCUCUCUUGUCAAGAGUUUGUAAAUUAUUAUUAAGGUAUCGCCAGAUGAGAACGCGUUCAUAUCAAAUCAUGCCAUCAGAUAUAUAUGAGGAAAGGAUUCGCAUUAUAUGCAUUUAUGCAAAUGAUAUUCAUAAAGCGUUAUGGUAUGAUGAGUCUUUUAGUGAUCGAAAAAAUGGUAUCCUUCUAAGCAAUCUCUCAAACAAAGUGAUUAAAGAUUUAGGAGAUUGUGAUUUAGAUAUCUUACUGAAUAUAGUUAACCAUUAUGCUGUAUUACCCUACAGAUAUACAAUGAAUAAAACAGGCUUAAAUAUAAGUACAAAAGAGGAUGCCAAAACUAUGGCUUUAUAUUAUUAUCCUGCAGUAAAUGAAUUUCUUGCUGCAUUCACAAGCGAUUAAUUCACAAGAAAUUAAUUCGUAACUAAAUGAAAAAUACAUCAUAUUCUUUAUAAUUUGUACAUGCACAUAAGAUUUUAUUAGAGUAAAUUAACUAUUGGAAAGUAAGCAAAUGUAUAAAGAUAUAAGAUUAAA